AUGGCCAACUUGAUUGUAAGUAAACAGGCAGAUUUACUUGACAGAAUGGCAGUAAAUCAGCCUAACCAGGCAAAUGGAGGAAUGAGGCUAUUUAGGACAAAUUCUUGGAAACGAAGUUUUGCAUCUUCUUGGCUACUGAGGUUCAGCAUCUUCUUACUCCUUAGCCUUCCUGACUCAGAAGGAAAAGCUAUAUGGACUGCCCACUUGAACAUAACAUUUCAGGUGGGAAAUCGCAUCAUAUCAGAGUUAGGGGAAACUGGAGUAUUUGGAAAUCAUUCUCCUCUGGAAAAGGUGGCUGGUGCAGUGGUACUUCCUGGGGGUUGGAAUCAGAAUGCUUGUAACCCCAUGACCAAUUUCAGCAGACCUGAUCUGACAGAAUCCUGGCUGGCCCUCAUUGAACGGGGAGGCUGUACCUUUACGCACAAGAUAAAGGUGGCUGCUGAGAAGGGGGCAAAUGGAGUGAUUAUCUAUAACUAUCCAGGCACUGGCAACAAGGUUUUUCCUAUGUCUCACCAAGGAACAGGAAAUGUUGUCGCAGUGAUGAUAGGCAACCUGAAAGGCAUGGAGCUUUAUCAUUUGAUUCAGAAGGGAGUCCAUGUGACAAUUAUAAUUGAAGUAGGGAGAAGACACAUACCUUGGUUAAAUCAUUCUAUCAUGUCCCUAUUUACCUUUAUGGCUGCCACUGUUGCCGGCUUCUUUUUAUAUUGUGCCCGGAGGCCCAGAAUGCCCAGCGCUGCCACCAGGAGACGCCGUCAGAUAAAAGCAGAAGUCAGAAAAGCAAUUGGAGAGUUGGAACUACGUGUGUUAAAAGAAGGGGACAAAGAAGUCGAUCCCAGUGGAGACAGCUGUGUUGUGUGCUUUGACACGUACAAACCCAAGGAUACAGUGCGCAUUUUAACUUGCAAGCAUUUUUUCCACAAGGCAUGCAUUGAUCCUUGGCUCUUAGCCCAUAGGACAUGCCCCAUGUGCAAAUGUGACAUUCUUAAAGUAUAA